CAGAAAUUCUUAUGGCUUUGUCGAAUUUCCCUGAAUUAGAGCUAAAUUAUAAUGAUUUGAAAUCAAAAAUAUCUAAUUUUAAUAGCAUUUUUGAUCGGUUUCUGCAAGAUGAGCGUAAGCAGCUUUUAAAUAACAAGAAUGAGCAUCUUAAGAAACUCUCGAAUGUUUAUGAAAAUCAAAAGAAUAUUGAAAAAACGUUGGACCAUUUACAAGCUCGAGAACAAACUUAUAAUGAAUUGCUUGAGAAAGAACGUGUUGAAAGAGAGGCUACUGAACAAGAAAUACAAACAAUUCAGGGAAAGGUAGAAGCUAUGCAAAAGCGUAAACAGACUGUUCUUGAUGAAAUAGAGCGUUCUCGAGCUGUGCUUACAACGAAACAACAGACGAAAGAAGAACUGGAAUCGUCGAAGAGAAAACAAGAGCAAUUAAACAUGCCAGAGCUUCAAUUUUGGCAGGACUAUUUAGGAUUACGAAUGGAAGGUGUUCAUGAAGAAGUUAUUCGCUUCGUAUUCACUAAUAUAGACGAGAAAAAUUGGGACAGGCCAUUCUCUUUUCAAAUCAAUUUAAGCCAUAUAGAUUAUGAAGUGACCCACUGUCGCCCUUUGCUUCCUACCUUGGAUAAUUUGGUGCAUAAACUAAAUCAGUCAAGAGAUUUCUACCAGUUUUUGAGAGAUAUACGGAAAGGAUUUGUAAAUUAUCAUAAAGGCCGUGAAAGCUAAAUAAUUGUGCAUUUUAUCUCUAUCUUACCGGCUCUUUUUUUUUUUUUUUUUUCUUUUUACGUUACAUUGACACAGGGCGAACACAAGACAAGCCUAGAAACUAACAUGCUUUAAUCACACAGUAAAAGACGUAAUGUACAGGCUUUAGAAUACUAAACUCUCAUUUCAUUCGUUUCUUCUCUAAUUCAUGUCCUUUUAAUUUCAAUGUUAUGAGACAAAUUCAUUACUCAUGUUAAGCGAUAGACUCAAUCACUAAUCCUUUCCUUCAAUGAAAACAAGUGAUUGUAAUAUGUACAGAUAUUUACCAAUAUAGGUACUCAAAUAUAAGAUUGGGACGCUAAAUCAGUUCGUAUUAACAAAGCGAA